AGUAAGAGCUGUGUGUUUCUAGGGUAUUUUCAAGCCCAUGGACCUUAAUCAUAUCAUCAAACUCCUUGAAGAGACUGAUAAGGAUGACUUAGAAGAAAAACAACUUGAUUGUGUCAAGAAACUGGUGCACUGUUAUCAGAAUGGAUUUCCUCUAAGGGACCUAGCACAGGUGUUUAAAAUCCUGGGUCUGUGUGCAGAUAAAAUUGAAAGGCAGCCCUGCUUUGUGGAACCCGCAUCUGAACUCAUAAAACUGUGUGGCUUGCCAUUUUUGAAAAAGAAAGUAUCAGAUGAAAUAACCUACACUGAAGAUACUGCUAAUUCGCUUGCACUUCUGGGUGAAUUAAUGAAAAUACCAAGUUCUAAGUUAAGGAUACAAAUUUGUAAGUGUAUUAUUGACUUCUAUCAUGCAGAACCACCAAAAAAGCAUAUUCCAGGCUACCAGCAGGUUAGCUCGUCAUACAAGAUUAAGAUGGCUGAAGUCGGAGGACUGGCCAAAGCAAUGGUCCAGUCCGUGCUCCUACUUGAAAACCAGCUUGUUGAGAAACUUUGGGUUCUUAAAGUUCUGCAGCACCUCUCGACUUCCGAAGUCAAUUGCACUUUAAUGGUGAAAGGUCAAGCAGCCAGCAGAAUCUGUGCUCGCCUCAAUGACCCAGAUCCCUCAGGACAGCUUCUGUUUCGUUCAUCAGAAAUACUUUGGAAUUUAUUGGAAAGAUCUUCAAAAGAGGAAAUUAUACAACAGCUUAGUAACUUGGAAUGCCUGCUGGCCUUGAAGGAAAUAUUUAAAAAUCUGUUUAUGAGGGGCCAUAGUCAUUAUGACCGUCAGCUUAGAAAUGAUAUAUUAGUUAUCACCACAAUUAUAGCUCAGAACCCUGGAGCACCAAUGAUUGAAUGUGGCUUUACCAGAGAUUUGAUACUGUUUGCAACUUUUAAUGAAGUUAAAAGUCAAAAUCCUUUGGUAAAAAAUCUUAAGCUUUCUAAUUCCUAUGAAGAUUUUGAGUUGAAGAAAUUGCUAUUCAAUAUAAUUGUGAUCUUAUGUAAAGAUUUAACUACUGUGCAGCUAUUAAUCGAUGGUAAUGUUAUUUUGGCUUUGUUUACCUACGUCAAAAAACCUGAGAAACUCAAAAUUGUCGAGUGGUCUGCCGCACAGUAUGAAGAACUGCAACUGCAUGCGAUUGCCACCUUGUCUUCAGUGGCUCCGUUGCUAAUAGAGGAGUAUAUGUCAUGCCAGGGCAACGCUCGGAUCCUUGCCUUUCUGGAAUGGUGUGAGCACGAGGAUUCCUUCUUCAUUCACGGUAACAGUUUCCAUGGCACAGGUGGCCGUGGGAACAAGUUUGCACAGAUGCGCUAUACUUUACGACUCCUCAGAGCCAUGGUUUAUCUGGAAGACGAGACUGUGAACAAGGAUCUUUGUGAAAGGGGGAUUAUUCACCAACUGAUAGGAAUCUUUAAAAAUAUGGCAAGCAAGCCUGAUGAAAAGGAAGAGGCCAUUGCCUUGGAGAUCCAGUCUGACACGUUGCUCAUCUUGUCAGGGCUCUGUGAGCAUUAUAUUGAAAGGAAGGAAAUGUUUGGAACUGAAGGAGUUGACAUAAUUCUUUAUGUAAUGAAAACAGACCCCAAGAAGUUACAGAGUGGCUUAGGCUACAAUGUGCUUCUUUUCAGUACAUUAGACAGCAUUUGGUGCUGCAUUUUGGGAUGUUACACUUCUGAAGAUUAUUUUCUUGAAAAGGAAGGGAUUUUUCUCCUUUUGGAUAUAUUGGCAUUGAACCAAAAGAAAUUCUGUAAUCUGAUACUUGGAAUAAUGGUUGAAUUUUGUGAUAAUCCCAAAACCUCUGCUCAUGUCAAUGCUUGGCGAGGGAAGAAAGACCUAACUGCUGCCAGUCUUUUAAUUAAAUUGUGGAGAAAGGAGGAAAAGGAACUGGGAGUAAAACGUGAUAAAAAUGGCAUGAUUGUUGAUACAAAGAAACCUCUGUUUACUAGUUUUCAAGAAGAACAAAAGAUCACACCCCUGCCCGCUAACUGCCCAUCUGUUGCAGUUAUGGAUGUCGCCGAGAAUAUCAGAGCAAAAAUUUAUGCUGUGCUGGGAAAACUGGAUUUUGAAAACUUACCUGGCCUAUCUGCUGAAGAUUUUGUCACCCUCUGUAUAAUACAUAGAUACCUUGAUUUUAAAAUUGGAGAAAUAUGGAAUGAAGUAUGUGAAGAAAUAAAAUUGGAAAAGUUAAGACUAGUCACGUCAGAUAAAAUGUCUUUGGAAUCUAUUACAGCAGCAACAGAAAAUAUUGGAAAGAUGGUCGCUUCCCUGCAAAGUGAGAUGAUUGAAAGCCAAGCACGCCAAGAUGUGCAAAAUGAACAAAGAGUAUAUGCAAAAAUACAGGCCACACAUAAGCAGAGAGAACUGGCUAACAAAUCCUGGACAAACUUCUUGGCUAGAACGUCAAAUGCUAAAACAUUAAAGAAAGCAAAAAGGCUCCAGGAAAAGGCUAUAGAAUCCUCUAAAUACAGUGAACGACCACAAAAUGCAAUAUUUCACCAAACAGUUAUUAAAGGUCUUAACACAACGGUACCUUCAGGUCGGGUGGUGACGGUGGAAAGCACUCCUGCCCGGUUACUGGGGGGACCUCUGGCUGACACAGACAUCGCUCUCAGAAAACUACCUAUCCGAGGAGGAGCUCUGCAGCGGGUCAAGGCGAAGGCUGUGAAUGAGCCAAAGAAGAACGUCCCCACAUGAAGUGCUCCAGAACCUUCUUGAAAUAUUCUACCUAUAACUUUGUAGCUAAAUGUAUAUUUAUAUUCAAAUGUAAGGCAACAUUUAGAAUAACUAUUUUAGGAAAAUAUUAUAAAAUUAAAGUCAGGAUAAUACCACUUAUUUUUAUUGAAAACAUCAACAUAUAUCAGAAACGUGGUCACCAUUAUCUUUGGAAAAAAACUGUUGGUCCCUUAACUGAAAUUGUAAAAUUUGUUUAUCAGGACUUUUGGCUAGAUAUCAAUUACUUCAGAUAGUCUACCCUGAAGGACAUUUGUAUGGACUUUGUGUCUCCCUUCCUGAGUAAUGUAGACUGUAGGCAUUGUUGAACCAAAGGGCUGAAACUGGCUUUGUAGGGAUUUCCUUCAGCAGCCCCAACUUACAAUCUUCCAGUGGAGAAGAGUGAAUGCAUUUUUCUCAAUUUGUGCAGCUCACUCUACAUCUUGGAGCCAUUGGUUGGUCACAUGCCCACUCCGGAACACCUCACCUUGAAGUCAGCCAGAUCUGAGUACUCCUUGCUUGUGGAGCCAUAAACAGUCCAAAAUUAUCUAACAUACCUGGAUGGAGUCAGGAAUCAAGGUGCUAUCAUCAGAUGGACACAUGAACACCAGGAGCAGCAAAUAAUAUGUUGGUGAAAAUAGAAAAUAAAUGUAUCUAUUAUAGAGGGCAGUGUCAGUCACAAGCUAUACAGCAAAAAUAAAAAUGCGGAUACA